GCCUACUCCCACCCUGCAUUCUGCAUGCAUGCGCAAUCAGCAUCACUAGAGGAAGCAGCAUUAUUUUUGCUUUCAUUGCCGUCAAAAUAGGUCGAAGACGCAAAAACAAGAAUAAGCCUGGACCGCGUGGCUCUCGCUGGUUUAAUCGCAAAAUGGGCCAGGAAGAGUCCUCUAUGAGUUAUGGCGGCCCGCCCGUAACACUCACUGAGCGGAGCCUUGAUGCUGUCGCCGAGUAUAUCAAGACGGGUCGGAGCAAGCGAAUUGUUGUCUUGACUGGCGCUGGUAUCUCCACUGCUGCUGGAAUCCCCGACUUUCGAUCGCCCGGAACAGGUCUUUAUGCCAACCUUGCCCGCCUCAAUCUGCCUUACGCCGAAGCCGUAUUCGACAUCUCUUACUUUCGCAACCACCCCGAGCCCUUCUAUGUUCUAGCGAACGAACUAUAUCCAGGGAAAUUCUCUCCGACCGUCUCGCAUGCCUUCAUCGCCCUCCUCGCCCGCAAGGGUCUUCUCCAGAUGCUCUUCACGCAGAACAUCGAUUGCCUUGAGCGCGUAGCUGGAGUACCUUCGGACAAGAUUAUUGAAGCCCAUGGAAGCUUUGCGACACAGCGCUGCAUCGAGUGCAAGGAGGAAUACCCGGAUGAGAAGAUGAAGGAGCACGUCUUUGGAGGCAAGGUUCCUCAUUGCGACAAGGAGGGGUGCAAGGGACUUGUCAAGCCAGAUAUUGUCUUCUUUGGCGAGGCUCUGCCCAAGGCAUUCGACAACAAUACGUAUCAAGUAGCCAUGGCCGACCUAGUUUUGAUCGUGGGUACCAGUCUCACCGUUUACCCCUUCGCUGCUCUCCCAGGCAUGGCGCAAGAGGGCAAGCCCCGUGUGCUUUUCAACAUGGAAAAGGUGGGCCAAAUCGGAACCCGAUCUGAUGAUGUGAUGGAGCUCGGCGAUUGCGAUGCCGGUAUUCGCAAGCUUGCUAAUGCGCUUGGUUGGCGAGACGAGCUUGAGAAGCUCUGGAGACAGACCGUGGGCGAUGCUGAGGCAGAUCGACAGCUCGGCGGUAGAGAGAAGGAUGAUGUACAGGAUGAGGUUGAGCGCUUGGCCGCCGAAGUUGGUGCUGUCGUUAUUGACGAGAGUGACGAAGGCGUGCCAUUGGAAAAAGAGCCCACGAAGCAUAAGGAUGGUCCCACUGUUUCGGAAAAGUCAAAGGACGACGACAAGCAACGAGAACCAGAAACAGCUACAGCUACUACAGAUCUGGAAAUUGAUACCAAGGAGUCGCCCAAGACUCAACAACCUAAACUAGAUCGAGCCCAAGUUGAGCAGCUCGAAGCCGAAGCAAGCAAGACAGAGUCUUCAGUCACAGAGCCGCCUAAGCCACAAACCCCCGAAGAAGAGCCACCAAAGGCAGAGACAUCAAAGGCAGAGCCUACAAAAGAAGGAACUGUACCAGCAGCUCUCAGCAACGAGGAGAAGUAGUUACUCAUUAAGUACUAUGAGUACAGAUGGGGCGUUCCAACACUUCAAGGUGUACGAAAAUGGGGUCGGUGUAAAAGGUUGCAACUUCCUGCUCAUUAUACACUGAUGGUAGAUGAUUAGAUGAGUUUCUUUAUGUUGAUCACGAUGAAAUGCAAUAGGGUACGGUUACAUAGAUAGUCCACAUUGACUAGAUCAAUGCGAGAGUCAGUCUAAUGAAAGAAUUGGUUUAUCAUUA